CAUGGGGCCUGCUGGCAGGGAACUCUCGGUGCCUCCGGGCUUCUCUUUCGCCUCACCUAUGAUACGGCCACUCGGGCUCGAGUCGUUCUGGCCCUGGCUACCAAAGCACCCUGUUCAAGACAGAGCUUCCCGGCGCCAGGCCGCGGGCACGCCAGCAACCUCGCACUUAGGCAAAAUGGAGGUCGCGCUUCUGAAGCACAACAACUUGCCCGAGGACGCCAUCCUCUCCAUACGCGCAGGAACCGUGCGCCGGCAGGCGGCUUGCAACAGUGGGCGGCCUUUCCGCUUCCCGAAGUCCGCGGAAGAGGCCGCCGUGCCUCUCAAGAUCGACAUUCUCAAGCAGGUGGGCUCCGCCUACCUGGUCCUCAAGCCUGGGACGGACCAGUACAAGGUGCUCUUCCCCAAGGACCCCGCCGGAAUGGAGCUGGAGGUCAAGGUGAUGAAGCUCGACGGUGCCGCGGCCGUUGCCGCCGGCGCCGACAAGGAGGUCGAGGAUCCGAAGGACGCUGCCAACGGGGCGAAGGCCGCCAAGGACUACUUGGAGCAGCACCAGGUUUUGCAGUUUGUGCAGGGCGUGCUGCAGACGGUGAUCAAGGAGAAGCCCGAGGACCCGUUCGGCUACAUGGCACGUCACUUCAUGGGCGGCUACGACGCAUCUGCUCCUCCUCCUCCUCCUCCUCCUGCCGUUCCCGCGCCAGCAGAGAAGGCACAAUCCGCGGAGGCCCCAGCGCCAGCUGCCGAGGAGGUGAAGCCUGAGGUGGCACCUGUCGCGCCCGCGGAGGCGAAGCCCGCGGAGGCCCCCGCGCCGUCUGCCGAGGAGGCCAAGCCAGCUGAGGCCCCCGCGCCAGCUGCAGAGGAGGCGAAGCCCGCGGAGGCCCCCGCGCCAGUUGCCGAGGAGGCGAAGCCCGCGGAGGCCCCCGCGCCAGCUGCCGAGGAGGCAAAGCCCGCGGAGGAGGCGAAGCCCGCGGAGGCCCCCGCGCCAGCUGCAGAGGAGGCGAAGCCCGCGGAGGCCCCCACAGCAGCUGCAGAGGAGGCCAAGCCCACAGAGGCCCCCGCGCCAGCUGCAGAGGAUGCGAAGCCCGCGGAGGCCCCCGCGCCAGCUGCCGAGGAGGCGAAGCCCGCGGAGGGUGCCGCGCCAGCUGCCGAGGAAGCCAAACCCGCGGAGGUUGCCGCACCAGCUGCAGAAGUGGAGAAGCCCGCGGAGGCCCCCGCGGAGGCCCCCGCGCCAGCUGCAGAGGAGGCCAAGCCCGCGGAGGCCCCCGCGCCAGCUGCCGAGGAGGCCAAGCCCGCAGAGGCCUCCGCGCCAGCUGCCGAGGAGGCGAAGCCCGCGGAGGCCCCCGCGCCAGCUGCAGAGGAGGCCAAGCCAGCUGAGGCGAAGCCCGCGGAGGCCCCCGCGCCAGCUGCAGAGGAGGCGAAGCCCGCUGAGGCCCCUGCGCCAGCUGCAGAGGAGGCAAAGCCCGCGGAGGCUGCCGCGCCAGCUGCAGAGGAGGCGAAGCCCGCGGAGGCUGCCGCGCCAGCUGCAGGGGAGGUCAAGCCCGCGGAGGCCCCCGCGCCAGCUGCCGAGGAGGCCAAGCCCACAGAGGCCCCCGCGCCAGCUGCCGAGGAGGCGAAGCCCGCAGAGGCCCCCGCGCCAGCUGCAGAGGAGGCGAAGCCCGCUGAGGGUGCCGCGCCAGCUGCCGAGGAGGCCAAGCCCGCGGAGGCCCCCGCGCCAGCGCCAGCUGCAGAGGAGGCGAAGCCAGAAGCGACACCGGCAGCGACCACUGAGGAGGCCCCCGCGCCAGCUGCCGAGGAGGCGAAGCCCGCGGAGGCCCCCGCGCCAGUUGCCGAGGAGGCGAAGCCCGCGGAGGCACCCGCGCCAGCAGCCGAGAAGGCCGCACCGGCGGCGACCACGGAGGAGGCGAAGCCCGCAGAGGAGGCCCCCGCACCAGCUGCAGAAGUGGAGAAGCCCGCGGAGGCCCCCGCGCCAGCUGCAGAGGAGGCGAAGCCGACUGAGGCUGCCUCGCCAGCUGCCGAGGAGGCGAAGCCAGCUGAGGCUGCCGCGCCAGCUGCCGAGGAGGCGAAGCCCGCGGAGGCCCCCGCGCCAGCUGCAGAGGAGGCCAAGUCCGCAGAGGCCCCUGCGCCAGCUGCAGAGGAGGCGAAGCCCGCCGAGGCCCCCGCGCCAGCUGCCGAGGAGGCGAAGCCUACUGAGGCCGCUCUAGCAGCGACCGCGGAGCCAGCUGCAGAGGAGGCGAAGCCCGCGGAGGCUGCCGCGCCAGCUGCAGAGGAGGCGAAACCUGCUGAGUCUGCCGCGCCAGCAGCCGAGGAAGCCAAGCCCGCGGAGGCCGCUGCGCCAGCUGCCGAGGAGGCCAAGCCCGCGGAGACCCCCGCGCCAGCUGCCGAGGAGGCGAAGCCCGCGGAGGCCACCGCCCCCGCUGCCGAGGAGGCCAAGCCCGCGGAGGCACCCGCGCCAGCUGCAGAGGAGGCGAAGCCCGCUGAGGCCCCUGCGCCAGCUGCAGAGGAGGCGAAGCCCGCGGAGGCUGCCGCGCCAGCUGCAGAAGAGGCGAAGCCCGCGGAGGCCCCCGCGCCAGCUGCAGAAGAGGCGAAGCCCGCGGAGGCCCCCGCGCCAGCUGCAGAAGAGGCGAAGCCCGCGGAGGCCCCUUCGCCAGCUGCCGAGGAGGCCAAGCCCACAGAGGCCCCCGCGCCAGCUGCCGAGGAGGCCGCACCGCCGGCGACCACGGAGGAGGCGAAGCCCGCGGAAGCCCCCGCGCCAGCUGCAGAGGAGGCGAAGCCCGCGGACGCUGCCGCGCCAGCUGCCGAGGAGGCCAAGCCCGCGGAAGCCCCCGCUCCAGCUGCCGAGGAGGCCAAGCCCGCGGAGACCCCCGCGCCAGCUGCAGAGGAGGCGAAGCCCGCGGAGGCCCCCGCGCCAGCUGCCGAGGAGGCCAAGCCCGCGGAGAGCCCCGCGCCAGCUGCCGAGGAGGCGAAGCCCGCGGAGGCCCCCGCGCCAGCCGCAGAGGAGGCCAAGCCCGCGGAGGCCCCCGCGCCAGCUGCCGAGGAGGCUAAGCCCGCGGAGGCCCCCGCGCCAGCUGCAGAGGAGGCCAAGCCCGUGGAGACCCCCGCGCCAGCUGCCGAGGAGGCUAAGCCCGCGGAGAGCCCCGCGCCAGCUGCAGAGGAGGCCAAGCCCGCGGAGGCCCCCGCGCCAGCUGCAGAGGAGGCGAAGCCCGCAGAGGCCCCCGCGCCAGCUGCAGAGGAAGCGAAGCCCGCGGAGGCCCCCGCGCCAAUUACCGAGGAGGCGAAGCCAGCAAAGGCUGCCGCGCCAGAAGCGAAGGAGGCGAAGCCAGCGGAGGCUCCCGCACCAGCAGCCGAGGAGGCGAAGCCAGCCUAGGCUCUGGCGGCAGCUGUGGGGGAGGCAAAGUUGGAAGUAGGUUUGGCAGCAGCCGCCGCGGAGGCGAAGCCCGUGUGAUGCCUUCUUGGGCCCCAUGCGGAGCCAGUGGCGAAGGCGACGCCGGGGGGCGCCCUGCCGAGGAGGCGAGGGUGGCGGGGUGAGACAAGAGGCGAGCGGGCGCACGAGCGGCGAGCAGACCCCCCGUAAGAGCGGGCGCUCCGAAGGAGCCACCUGCGGGCGGGGGCGCCUCGCGGGGCGAGCAGCAUGGCAGCCAUAAGCAGCGGCCAAAAGGCACGUGGGCAGGGAUGCGGGGAAGGACACUGGUAGAUUUCCUUCGGACCUUAGGUUCUGGGAAGACCUUGCCGUCCGCGGCGCGUAGGCACUGACGGCCCCGCCGGUAGCGGGCGGGCCACUCCCACCGAGGAUCUGCUCGGGGAGCUGGUUCGCUCUCGUCAGCGCCGGCCCAA